CAUUCUUCCAUGGAAAUCUUCACUUAAACUGAAUUUCACCUAAUCUUUGUUUUAUGAUUUCGUCAGCUCCCACCUCCGAAGCUCUCAACAUCGUCAAAUCCGUGAGCUUGAGUGACUAAUGUCUUCCCUACUCAGUAUCGGCCAGAAAUUGAAGGGAAGAACUAAUACUUAUACAGUCAGCAAAAAAUUAUAUGAGUUUGUUUUUCUAGCACAAGAUUCGACAAAACAAAAUGUCAUUGUUAAGAGUAUACGUGGUCACUGGCGACUACAAAACGAAGCAGAUGUUCUCAAACGGUUCCAAUCUAGAGCGCCGUCUCUCAGACCGCUGAUCGAUGAGAUUGUUGAUCCUAUUGAUCCGCCAACCAUUGUUCUCAAACAUUUAGACGACGAUCUCAUGACUGAAACUUACAAGAAAAGACUUACAAAGCCUGAACUCAAAUUCGUCGCCAGAAGAGUGUUGGAAGCUUUGCAAGUUUUGCACGAAGAUGGUUACGUUCAUACCGAUGUGAAACCGGAUGAUAUUCUCAUAAAUCAUGGGAACGGCAAUGAACGCUUUUCUGAAGCCCAGCUUGCUGAUCUUGGAGAGGUUCUCCUCGGUAUGCCGUGGGGGACAUCAUCUGAUAUUUGGUCUUUCGGUUGUUCGAUAUUGAUGCUUAUUUACGGCGAUCACUAUCCAUUCAAUCCUCGAAAUGGGGGUGCUGAAGUCGAUGAUGACGAGUAUGAUUUUGGGAACGCGAUUGUUUUAGCAAUGAAAGCAGUGCCACCCGAGAAAAUGAAGCCAUUACCCAUGAUUACGCAGAAGGAGAUUCCCAAGGUUGAUAAUAUUUUCCUGCAAAAGGUUCUCAAGUUGAAUCCGCGCGAUCGACCGACUGCAAAGCAGAUCUUGGAUGAUGAGUGGUGGGAAACUGAAUAG